AUGGCACCGGCGGAUGCGUUGGAUUACGGAAAGGUCAAGCUAGCGCUCUUCCAAAGAUUUAGGUAUACUAAGGAGGGGUACCGCGAGCGGUUUCGCAACGCCGAACCCGAGAAGGGCGAAACGCGCAGACAAUUCGCUGCCCGAUUGGCCGGAUUUUUUGACCGAUGGCUCGAGAUAGCUGGAGUUGAGAAGACUUUCGAGGCAUUACGAGACCAGGUCCUGGUGGAACAGUUCAUGUUGACCUGCUCCAGCAAACUGGCCGUCUUUCUUAGAGAGCGUGAUUCUCAGACUUUAGAAGACGUAGCAGCAAAGGCAGACCUGUUCCUAGAAGCCCAGAUACCAUCCAGCUCAAUUAGGCAAAAGUCAGACGAGAUGACAACCAGGCAAGGUGCUGGAAACGGAGACACUCACGCAAGGGGAGAGACGCGAAGAGCUAUCCGCUGCUUCAUCUGUGGGAAGGCUGGACAUAAGGCCGAAAAUUGCAGAAGCAACGCGCAAGGCAAGAAAACAGUGGUGUGUUGGAAUUGUGGCCGCGCUGGUCAUAGGGCGGAAAACUGCAAGGGAAGGCAGAACGAGAAGCAGCGAGCCUCGUGCCUAUGGACUGCGUCAACAGGGGCCGUCGACGCGCCUGACGACUCCUACGUAACACUGGAUAAUGGUGACAAAAUCCCGGUAGUAAACGCGGCCAUGGGAACACCUCCAAAGUUCUUAGUAGAGUACAUGCCGGUCGUGGAAGGCCGUCUCGGGGAGCGCAAGAUAACGGUAUUAAGGGAUACGGGGUGUAACACCGUCGUUGUCCGUAAGGAGUUGGUUCCCCGAGAGAGCCUAACAGGAAAGUCAAGUCCGGUGUUUCUGCUAGACCGCACCGUUCGAUAUCUGCCCGAGGCGGAUAUAGUUGUACGAACACCCUACUAUACAGGGAAGGUGACGGCAAAAUGUGUAAGUAAUCCUCUCUAUGAUCUGGUACUCGGGAAUAUACCCCAAAUGCGGGAGGCCAAUGAUCCAAACCCAGACUGGGAAAUUAAAAACGAAGAGGGUCAAGGUCAAGUUUUGGCCAAGCCAACGUCGAAGCCGGAAGCACUUCCGAACGCCGUUGAAGUCAGCUUCAAUAGUCGCAUGACACCGAGAUUGUCUAAAUGUACUGACGAGCUCCGGAAAGACAAACCAGCAGAAGUUGCGUCCGCGAGGGCGAAGGGAGCAGAUGGUCAAAUGGAAAGACCAGACCGACCUUUGAAGGUAUCGCAGGCGGCAGUGGUCGAUGCGACAACCGAGGAGCUCGCCAUGGAGCAAAAGGGGGAUAAAACUCUCAUGAAGUGUUUUGGUAAGAUAGGGGAAACUACCAGAAAACACAAGGGCAGGACGAAGUUCCAGUUUUUUCUCAAGAAUGGUUUGCUACAUAGGGCCGUUGAAUAUUCAUCCGGCAGAAGGAUAGAGCAACUUGUACUCCCGAGAAGGUUCAGGAGCGCCGCCGUGGCUCUAGCACAUGACAGCAUAAUGUCAGGACACCAGGGCAUGAAGAACACGCUCAACCUGGUGUCGGAAGAAUUUUUUUGGCCUUGUAUGCAGAGCGAGGUCAAGAGAUACGUUCGGUCGUGCGAUGUGUGUCAACGCACAGUACCCAAGGGCAAGCAGGGCAAGGCACCCUUAGGAAGCAUGCCGACUAUCGAGACGCCCUUUCAGAAAGUCGCGAUAGACAUAAUUGGCCCCAUUGUACCAAUCGCGACCUCGGGAAACAGGUACAUACUGACAAUGGUGGAUAUGGCUACGAGAUACCCGGAUGCGGUAGCGUUGAAGAGCAUUGGAUCCCAGCAGGUGGCCGAAGCACUGGUGGAGAUGUUCACGAGGUACGGUGUGCCACAAGAGAUCCUUAGCGACCGCGGGACCAGCUUUACCUGA